CCAGCCACUGCAUACCUAGCCACCAGCCACACCCUGGCAGGCACGAAUAACGCUCGAGGUGUGGUGUCCUUUUUCGACCGAGGGGCCAGCUUUGCUGAGUGGAGGGCCCAUGAGCUUGAUGCAACUGACCUGUCCUCUGCGAAUCUGCGAACCCACACACCUCACAACCCACCUCGCAAGCACGAGCGGCCUGGCAGACCAUGAUACUUUGCCACCAGUAGAGAAGCCGCACCGCCGCCGUCUCCUGCUCCCAGCCUGAUCACACACGCACCACUACCACCACCCCCGCCGUCCGGGCCUUGGCCUCCUCCCGCUCGACCACCGCUCCGCCGAUUUACCUGCCCCGUCGCGCGACUCGACCCGACUCGGCCGUCAGCCCGUCGCCGCGCUUGGCCAUCACCCGCCCGCCAUGGACUACGAAAACCUCAAGGAGCAGUGGAGCGAGGUCGAAGACCGCGAUGGCGUCCGCCUAAGCUGGAACGUCUUCCCCAGCACCCGCAUGGAAGCCUCGCGUCUCGUCGUCCCUAUCGGCGCCCUCUACACCCCCCUCAAGGAGAAACCCGACACCCCGCUCCUGCAGUUCGAGCCCGUCACCUGCAAGCAGCCAUGCCGCUCCGUCCUCAACCCCUUCUGCCAAGUAGACGUCCGCGCGCGCAUCUGGAUAUGCCCCUUCUGUCUGUCCCGCAACCCGCUGCCGCCGCACUACAAGGACAUCACGGCCAAUGCCAUCCCCCCGGAGCUGCAUCCCUCCAACACCACCAUCGAGUACCGCCUGUCGCGCCCGGCCCCCAGCCCGCCCAUUUUCCUCUAUGUCGUCGACACGUGCCAGGAGGAGGACAGCCUCUCGGCCCUCAAGGAGUCACUCGUCAUGAGCCUGAGCCUGCUCCCUGAGAACGCCCUCGUUGGCCUCAUCACCUUUGGCACCAUGACCCAAGUCCACGAGAUUGGAUACACCGAGUGCGCCAAGUCGUAUGUCUUCCGCGGCAGCAAGGAUUAUGCGCCCAAGCAGGUCCAGGAGAUGCUCGGCCUCGGCCAGCUGCCCAUCCGCCCCGGCAUGCAGCCCCAGCCUGGUCGCCAGAUGCCCAUGGGCCCCGCCUCGCGUUUCCUCCUCCCCGUCUCGCAGUGCGAGUUCCAGCUCACCAAGGCUCUAGAGCAGCUGCAGAAGGACCCCUGGCCCGUCGCCAACGACAGGCGCAACCUGCGCUGCACCGGUGUUGCCCUCAGCGUCGCCGUUGGCCUCCUCGAGUCGUCCUUCCAGAACUCGGGCGGCCGCAUCAUGCUUUUCGCCGCCGGCCCGGCCACCGAGGGGCCUGGCAUGGUCGUCAGCUCCGAGCUCAGGGAGCCCAUGCGCUCCCACCACGAUAUUGACCGUGAUAAUAUCAAGUACUACAAGAAGGCCUUGAAGUUCUACGACGCCCUGGCCAAGAGGACCGCCCACAACGGGCACAUAAUAGAUAUUUUUGCUGGCUGUCUUGACCAAGUCGGCCUGCUCGAGAUGAAGGGCCUCUGCAACUCGACCGGCGGCCAUAUGAUUCUGAUCGACAGCUUCACGUCGUCCAUGUUCAAGCAGUCCUUCAUCCGAGUGUUUGAGAAGGACGCCGACGAAAACCUUCUAAUGGGCUUCAACGCCAUCCUCGAGGUCCUGACGACCAAGGAGCUGAAGGUUACCGGCCUCAUUGGACACGCCGUUUCGAUGAACAAGAGGUCGACUUCGGUCGGCGAGACCGAGUGCGGUAUCGGCAACACGUGCUCGUGGAAGAUGUGCGGCAUUGACCCGACGUCCAGCUACGGUGUCUACUUCGAGAUCGCCCAGGGCGGCCCGUCGCCGCACACGCAGCAGGCGGCCAAGGGAAUGAUGCAGUUCCUCACAUACUACCAGCACUCGUCGGGCCAGUUCCACCUGCGCGUUACCACCAUCGCCCGGAACCUGGGCGGCCCCGCUGGCGACCCGGCCAUCGCCCAGUCGUUCGACCAGGAGGCCGCCGCCGUGCUCAUGUCGAGGAUCGCCGUCUUCAAGGCCGAGGUCGACGACGGGCCCGACGUGCUGCGGUGGGUCGAUCGCAUGCUGAUCAGCUUGUGCUCGAGGUUUGCCGACUACAGGAAAGACGACCCCUCGUCGUUCAGGUUGGAGAAGAACUUCACCCUCUAUCCCCAGUUCAUGUUCCAUUUGCGGAGGAGUCAGUUCCUGCAGGUCUUCAACAACUCCCCCGACGAGACCGCCUUUUACCGUCACGUCCUAAACCACGAGGACGUCAGCAACUCGCUUAUCAUGAUCCAGCCCACACUGGAUUCGUACACGUUCGACCAGGAUGGUGGCCAGCCCGUGCUCCUGGAUUCGGCCUCCAUCCAGCCCACCCACAUCCUGCUGCUCGACACCUUUUUCCACAUUCUCAUCUUCCACGGCGAGACCGUGGCUCAGUGGAAGAAGGCUGGCUACCAGGACCAGGAGGGUUACGAGAAUUUUGCCCAGCUCCUGCAGCAACCAAAGGAAGACGCUAUGGAACUCAUCACCGACCGGUUCCCGCUUCCUCGAUUCAUCGUCUGCGAUGCUGGAGGUUCCCAGGCUCGUUUCCUGCUCUCCAAGCUGAACCCGUCCACCACCCACACGACGGGCGCGUACGGCGGUGUUGGUGCCCAGACGGCGCAAACAAUCUUUACCGACGACGUCUCGCUGCAAACCUUCAUGGACCACCUGAUGAAGCUUGCUGUGAGUGGCACAAAUUAAGCAAUUGCUUUCAUUGUGUUGGCGAGCCUCCUCACAGCCACAGGGCUGGUAAAGGCUUGGAGAACGGGGAAGGAGUGGAUGAGUGGGAGCAAAGUCUCGUAGUAUAUUCUUUGGCAGGGUGUUUUUGCAGUCGGUUCAAAGUAGAUGAUGGGAUGAGGUGCAGCAGAAACUAUACACCCCUUCCCGGAAAAGAGAUCUUGUCACGAUAGCCCGCGCUUUCUUGAGACUCGCGCGGACUUUGACACGUUUUGUGCCGCUAUAGAAGCCAGUUGAGCCACGUAGGACGGUCAUAGAUAAAAAGAAAAGGCAUGUAACAGGUGAAACGAAUAACCGGGACCAUGGGCAAAGACCAGGGCCGAAGCCCUGGCCCAGCGGUCGAGAUGUCAGAGAGCCUGUCUUUGUCUUGAUCUUGGAACCUUUGUUUGAAUGGGAAGCGCC